AUGGAGAAAGGAGAAGGGCCAAGGCUCCCUGAGGGACCCCAGCGUCGGAACGGUGUGAUCCCUUUCCAGAUGGCGGCGCCUGCUUCCACCGCGGCACCUCUGGACCCCCCCGCGCGCCCCGAGGAGCAGAAGCGUCCUGGUGCCCGAUUUCUGGGUGCCACCACAAGGACCGCUGGCUAUGCUGCGCCUGUGAACACCCCCCAGCCCGCGCCUAAGAAGCGCCUGGGGGGUCUGUUCCCAGGUGUCACCUUGGGGAAUGCCGCCCCUGCUGCGCCUGUGAACACCUCCGAGCCGGCGCCUAAGAAGCGCCUCGGGGGUUUGUUCCCAGGUGUCACUGUGGGGGCCGCCCCGCUGCAAUGUGGUCCUUCUCCCAACCCUACCUCCGACAACCAGGGUCCCCUGCACGGGAUCACCCCCCUGGUGGGCCCCGCCACAGCCCAAACCCCCUCUUUCGGAUCCGCCACCAUCCGAAACCAGCGCCCCGACAGUCCUCGGCGAUCUGAGACUGGCCCCUCUGAGGCAGUCUCCAGCAGCAAUGUCCCCGCCAACCCCAGCCACCAGUUCCAAGAGCUGCGUGAGAUCAGCGAGCUGAGCAACGAGCUCGCUGAUGCCGAAGGGACAAGUGCUGGACAAGAGAUCGAGAUGACUGACUCCACGCCAAAGGAGUCGUCGUCGCAGCCGAGGAUGUACGGCGGAUUCAUCGUCCCCGUAGAGACUGCCCGCCAUCACAACCCCGCAGACAUCGCAAACCUGUCAGCCCAAUUUGAUGUCCUCGAGGCUCGCUAUGAGGAAGCCAAGAGGGCACUGAAGGAGGCUGCGGGCGACGCAGUUGCGCUGUGCGCUUGGCGGGGCAAGUACGAGGGCGACGGUGAUGCCUGGACGGCGCUGACGGACCUCAUGGAAGAAAUCGACGACAACAACCUUUACCAGCGCUACAGAGAUGCGCAGGCGCAUCUCGACGAACUCCUUGACCAACAAGUCGAUUUACUUGGCAUGGAGUUCCUGAAGCGCAGGCAGAAGCACGGCCGGCGUGCUAUGCCAAGGAAGGUUGCGUCUCAAUCGGCUCCACGAGUGGUCGGCUUUCACCAAAGCGACCGGCCCCACCGUUUCCAGUCCAUCCCCCCCAGUCAGCCGCAGGCUGGGCAGGACAACGGUGAGGGCCCGAGCUCAGGUGAGAGCGAGGCUAGCAAGACUGCGUCCAACGGUGAGCUGAACCCGCCGACCAAUGGCUCCAACGGUGCCAUGAUCCCCGCGCCCGUUACUGCCAGUGCGUCGUCAGAUGCAACUCCGCUGGCGAGUCAAGAGUCAUUGGAGGCUGGCUCACUCUUGGGCGCAUUCGAGGCCAUCUGCGGCGCCCUUCAGUCGCUUGAAAUCACCCCGUCAGUUCCUUCGCCCGUGGAGGGACAUGACGUGAUGGCGAAUUCCGCCGAGCGCCAGAUGGCCGAGUCCAGUCAACCCCAGGAUGGGUCACAGUCCGGGGAAGUUUCGGCUCGGCCAGAUGGUUACAUGGAAUGGCUGGGGACCGGGGAGUGCCUGUCGAUUGCGUGGGAGCCUUGUCACGGGGCACCACACAUCGACCAGAUUCCACAGGGAGCAUUGAGUGCGCCAGCUGUCCAACAGCCCUCUCAGGCUCCUGUGCAGAUCGAGUAUCACCGGCCCAGCCAUUCCAAAGCAGAAAAGCGCAUGGGACCCGUGGCGCCAUGGACAGAGCGCAAGAAGCAGAUCACCAGAGCGACGGUCGUAAAGGCCGGCUCUGAGCUGCUUGCUCGGAUUGACAAAAUCCAGCCAAUCGCACCCACCGGGUGCGUCGGGCAAGUCGCAGAAGACACGGUGCGCAAGGCCGAGCCUGAGUUGCUUGCCCGGGAUGAGUCAAUCCCAGCCCAGCCUGUCCAGGCAGUCCACGUGCCUGUCCCAGCGCCCCCAGUGCCGCAAGCGCACACCCCGAGCGCCGUGACCGAGAAGGCGCCUGCUCUGGAAGUUGGGAGUCAACCCGCUGCUCCGCAGCCAACUCCCAUCGUGCCAGAGCCCUCCACGCAGGUCCCACUCGAGGCAGCUAUGAGCGUGUUAGCUGUUCCGCAGCCAGCUCUGGCCAAGAAAGUGCGCUUCGCGGCUCUUCCAACGGAAGUGCCUACCCAGGCAACUGUGAGUGAGCCCGCUGGGUCUCAGCCGCUCCAGACUGUUUUGGCCGCCAAAGCGAAGGUCGCCACCGACGGAGUUGUGAGUGAGCUUGCUGCCUCGCAGCAAGCCCCCACUGCCUCGGAGCCUUCGAGCCGAACAGUCACGAGCGCUGUGGCCCAGCCGACUCCGGUUGUUCCGGAUGGGACGGAGAAGGUCGCCGUUCAGGCAGUCGUAAGUGAGCCUGCUCUCUCCCAGCAGGCUCCUGCUGCCCUGAAGCCUUCUCCGUCGGAACAAGAUAAUUCUGCUUGGUCUGACUCUGACGACGACGAAUGGUGGCCUGCGCUUCAAUGGCAGGCCACUUCGGAGUCAGACCCGUCUGACGAAGAAUGGUGGCCCGCUCUUGAAAGCCAGGCCCCUUCGGAGUCAGAGUGGGAUUCGCCAACGCUGACCAUGCCCGGAUCCUACCCCCUUGACACGCUCGAUGAGGUUGUCGAGGCUCCAGCUGCUACUGAGCUGGCCCCAACCCGAUCACUGUCGACAUCGCCAACCUCCACUGGGGAAGACCCGAUCAAGCCGCCUCCUUCCAGGCCGGCUCGGGAGGAACCAGACUGGAGUUGGUUGAUUGUCGACCGGCCAACACACGGGAGCUUGCGGACUGGUACUCGUUCGCAUCUCGAUGUGCUGUUGGCCCAGCGUGAGGAGCGUAGACGGGCAGAGUCGGCGCUCAUCUCCUCUCUUGAGGGGCUGCAGGUCACAGCAGCCUCUUGA